GAUUGACAUGCGACGUCAGGGCGGUCCACGGUUCAAAAGUGGCGUCUAGGUCAGAGACGCCAGCAGCGCUGCGAGGCAUCGCCGGAGCCGCGUUUUCUCCGCCUCCAUGGCCCACCGGACGUCUGUAACGGGAGACCCAGGCAAGUGUCAGCAGCGCCCGGACCUCUACGCUGACAUCGCAACAGUCAGCUCCAGUGCAGACGUUGACAGCCCCCCAAAGAAAGUCUCCAUGCCCGUGAGCCUGGGGUUCGGAGCGCACCUGGCGGGGCACUACCCGUCCCCGGCACGCAGACGCCACCGCACCACCUUCAGCCAGGAGCAGCUGGAGCACCUGGAGGUGGCGUUUGGGCAGAACCACUACCCCGACAUCUACUGCCGCGAGGAGCUGGCGCGCGUAACCAAGCUCAACGAGGCCCGCAUACAGGUGUGGUUCCAGAACAGGCGAGCCAAGCAGAGGAAGCAGGAGCGCGCUUCCCAGAAGGCCGUGCCCGUGGGGGUGUUGCCAGGCUGCGGGGGUCUGAUGGGUGGGAUGUGUGUGCCAGCGAGCGGGGCCGGCCGACCGUACCAGUACCCCCACUCCCUCUCACACAUCCCCCGCCUGUCCUCCAUGCUGGCCCCCGCCAGCUACGUCCACCCCGCCCCCGGAGCGCAGUUCCCCUGCGCCGGCACCUCCGCCCCGCAGCCCCGCCCACACGAGGACUGGUACAGCCAGCUCCGCACCAUGGGGCCCGGCCCCAGCCUGGCGCCUCCCAUUCUCUCCCUGGCCUCCAUGUCGGGACUGGAACCGCCCAAUCAUUGGAGCUAG